AUGUUGGAUACAACACGUUUGGCGUAUUAUUUUCCAACUUUAUCAUUUUCAUUCGAACAUGAUAUUCGAACUCGAUUACAACGUCUUCAUCUUCGUGCACGAUCAACUUUCAUUUCAUUGCAAGAUAUGUCACAUUAUCCAUGCACAUCCAAUGAUAUUCCACCAAUAUUAAUUGAACCAUUUAUAUUACGUGGUUAUCGUUCACUUAAUCAACCAUGGUCUUAUUAUUGGAAAUCAUUAUUUCAUAAACAUAAUGAAACAAUAAAUGUUUGGAGUCAUUUAAUAGGUAUAUUAUAUAUAGGACAUUUAUUAUAUUAUUAUAAUCAACGAUUAAAAUUUUAUGAAAAUUCACAUUCAUGGCCAUUUGCUGUAUCAUUAUGUACAGCUAUAAUCAUGUUUAUGUGUUCAGUAUUUGCACAUUUAUUACAUUCAAAAUCUGAAACAGUUCAUAAAACUUGUUUUGCAAUUGAUUAUAUUGGUGUUAGUUUACAUGGUUUUGGUUCAGGUUUUCUUCAUAUUUAUUAUUCAGCACCACAAUGGUAUUAUGAUAAAAUUGAAUAUCAAUAUGUAUUUAUUCUUCUUUUACUUGGUAUGCUUGCUUGUCUUUCAAAUUGUUUUGCUCAAUAUUAUUUUUGUCCACCUUAUCCACCAUUAAAACGUAUUUGUCAAUUUUUACCAUGUGGAAUUUUAUGGAUUUAUUCAGUUAUUCCAUUAAUUAUCGGUUUAUUUCCAUUAAAUUUUCCAUUAGAUUCAUGUUCAAUGUGUCAUUUAGGACAAAUUAUAUUAUUUAUUAUUGGUGGAAUACUUUUUGCUUUUGAUUUACCACAACGUUUUUGUCCCGGUGCUCUUGAUUUUAUUGGACAAGGUCAUCAUUUAUUUCAUUUGUGCGUUUAUUUAAUAACUCUUUGUCAAAUGCAUGGUGUUUAUUGGGAUUAUGAAAAAAAUCAAAAAAUAAUUGAUCAAAGAAGUAAACCACAUUUAAUAUUUUGUGCUGGUUCAAUGAUUUGUCUUAUGUUAUGGAAUAUUAUUAUUGUUUGUUAUUUUCGACGAUACCUUCGUGAAAAACAUCAUGUUCAUAAAAAAUGA